GCCUCCCCUAAUAAUUCUGCAAUCAUGAGCGGCAGUGAGCACCACCCCUUCUGUGCAAGAUUUGUUUCUUGAGCCUUCCCUUGCCUAAGCGACAAUAGGAAUAGUGCUAUCCAUAGAAGCUUGACUGACGAGACAUGUUUUUUUCACAGUACGCUUUCUCGAUCUGAUCAAGCCGUUCGUGCCAAUCCUCCCAGAGGUGGCGAGCCCCGAACGCAAAACACCGUUUAGGCAGCGAAUGAUGUGGACUGGGGUGAAUUCUCUUUUUCCAUCGCCUGGGCUUGGCCGAUUGGAGGGCGAGGAGGCAGUAGUUAACUUUUUUCCUUUGAGUAGUUGACGUUGCUGAUUUUCUUGGUCAUGAGCCAAAUGCCGUAAGUUUUUUCCUUGGAUUUACGACACGUACGUUUUAUAGGGCUGAUGGGCCCUCGAUUUGGCCAGACUGUACGGAAUUGUGUCCUCGGAUACAUCCGAUCCUUUGUACUGGCUCAGAAUGAUGUUGGCCAGUAAUCGUGGUACUUUGAUGGAGCUGGGAAUAUCUCCCAUUAUAUCCUCUGGCAUGGUUUUCCAACUUCUCGCUGGUACUCACUUGAUUGAUGUUAACCUCGAUCUUAAAUCUGAUCGCGAGCUCUACCAAACUGCUCAAAAAUGUUCGUACCUACGCCUGGCGUUGCUUUUGCGCAUUUGGCUUCUAACAUUUGCCUUCAGUGUUCGCCAUUAUCCUCUCUCUUGGACAGGCCACGGUUUACGUUUUGACUGGUCUCUACGGACAGCCCAGUGACCUUGGCGCCGGUGUUUGCCUCCUUCUUGUUCUUCAACUUGUUGUCGCCGGUCUCAUUGUUAUCCUCCUUGACGAGCUUCUCCAGAAAGGUUAUGGGUUGGGAUCUGGAAUCUCGCUUUUCAUUGCUACCAAUAUCUGCGAAAGCAUCAUCUGGAAGGCAUUCUCCCCCACCACUGUGAACACUGGCCGCGGUCCCGAAUUCGAAGGAGCCGUUAUUGCCUUGUUCCAUCUCCUCUUGACCUGGGAUAACAAGCAGCGUGCUCUCCGCGAAGCUUUCUACAGACAGAGUCUUCCCAAUGUCAUGAACCUUUUGGCCACUCUUGUCAUCUUCGCCUCGGUCAUCUACCUUCAGGGUUUCCGUGUCGAGAUCCCCGUCAAAUCUAGCCGCUAUCGUGGAACUAGGGGUACCUAUCCGGUUCGCCUCUUCUACACCAGCAACAUGCCCAUCAUGUUGCAGUCUGCGCUGAGCUCCAACGUUUUCCUCGUCUCCCAGAUGUUGUACAAUCGUCUCCCGGAUAACUUCUUGGUUCGCCUCCUCGGUGUUUGGGAGCCAAAGGAGGGUUCUGCUCAGCUCUACGCUGUCUCUGGCAUUUCAUACUAUAUGUCCCCUCCUCUUAACUUCACCGAUGCCCUCCUGGAUCCUUUACACACCGCAUUCUACAUCCUCUUUAUGCUCACUGCCUGCGCCAUGUUCUCCAAGACCUGGAUCGAGGUUUCUGGCUCCAGCCCCCGGGAUGUUGCUAAGCAGCUCAAGGAACAAGGUCUCGUUAUGGCUGGCCACCGCGAACAGAGUAUGUACAAGGAAUUGAAGAGGGUUAUCCCAGUUGCCGCUGCUUUCGGUGGCGCUUGCAUUGGUGCUUUGUCUGUUGCCUCUGAUCUCUUGGGAGCUCUUGGAUCUGGAACUGGUAUUCUUUUGGCUGUUACGUACGUGAUUGUCAUACCACCUCUUUGCGUCAUGUUAAGAUUGCUAACUAGGCCUUUUACAGCAUCAUCUAUGGAUACUUCGAAAUUGCUGCUAAAGAAGGUGACAUGUCUGGCCUUGGGCAGUUCAUUUCAUAGAAAAGGUAAUUUGAUUUACUUUUCGGGAUUUUUAUAACCAAAAAGUUGUCUCCCUUGUUUUCUUUUUUUUCUUUUUUCUCUCUUCAUCACGCUUCUUGUAUAAGAUAUCUGCUCUAGAUCUGCCAUUUUACGGGGGUUCUGGGAUGGCGGGAGGAUGGGGAUGGUGGCAAAUAUCUACAAGUCUCAGAAUACGAGUUUUUUUUUGCAUUGUAACGACGAGUUAUGGGUGUGAUGGGUAAAAUAGAUUCCAAACAAACCCUCGGACGAGCUGUAGUAUUCUUGCAGAUUGCAAUGUAGAUUUUGCUGCAGUUAUGGACUGGUGUAUUGGUGCUGGGCUGCCGUUUUGUUAAUUGGUUGUGCUUUAAUUCGUGGUUAUGCUCAUGGAUUACCAUUACCUGCAGCCUCUUAGAUGACGAGUGAUAAGCGUGAAAAAGUCGCGAGUGAUAGGUGGUGGAGAAGUUAGCACACCCUUUUUGUGCAAACUGCUCUCGAUAAGCGACAAGCUGACUGCCAUAAAUGAAAGGUUUCCGAGGCAAUGGUGAAAGCCCAGAGCGGUGAUUAGAGAGAGGAAUGACUUCU